AGUUGGCUCAUCACGAGUUUGUUGAGGUUCCCGAGAGAAGUUGGAAUGACGCCAACGAGGUUGCAUUGGGUAAGCCAGAGAACCUCGAGGUUGGUAAGGUUCCCAAGCUUUGGAGGGAUCCGACCCGGGAAGAAGGGGUUAUUGGAGACGAGGGAGAGGACUUGGAGGUUCUGGAAGGUUCCGAAGGAGUCCGGGAUGGGGCUGGAGAAGUUGUUGCCGGUGAGGUCGAGGUAGCAGAGGUUGGGGAGGAGCGGGAGCGUGGCAGGGAGGAGAUCGGUGAGGAGGUUCUAGGAGAGGUCGAGGAGGUUGGGGAGACGACAGAGAACGUUGGCGAGGAAUGGGCCUCCGAUGUUGGUGUCCGACAGGUCCAAUGCUGUUACAGUGGUGUUCGAAGCGUCGCCGGCACAGGUCACUCCAUACUAGUUGCAAGGGGUGGCAUCCCUUGA